AGUUUGUUGGGCUCACUGAGGACGAGGCCUCGUCCGAACUUUCGUCGCCAUGGCCAUGGGGAAGCGCGCGGGCGCGGUUCGGGUGGCAGCGCUGUGCGCAAUGGCCUGGGUGCUGCAGGACGCAUUCUCGAUGACAGUGAGCUUCGGCAAGCAUCGGGGGAAGACGAUGCAAGAGCUCGUGGAAGAGGAUCCUGGGUACUGUAGCUGGAUGUUGCAAACCUACCGCGAGGACAAGGAGAACUGCAAUCCCGCAUUCAAAGCAGCUGCCGAAUACCUCUUGGACCAGGAUGACAUUGACGUGGAAGAGCUCGAACAGGUGAUCAACUUCGGAAAGUACAAAGGCCAGGGCUUCAAGCAAGUCAUGGACGAAGACCCCGACUACGGGCAGUGGGUGGUCGGCGCGGCGGAGGAGAGCGGCAACCCCAACUUCCGCGCCUUCGCGGAGUUCGCGGGGGAAUACCUCGAGAAGGCGGAGGCGCAGGCGUCCGCCUGAGUCACUGAGGCCACAGACGAAAUUCCGCGAGGACCGAAGACCUCGCUGAGCGCCAGAUCGCUUUGUUCCCUCGAGAGGUUUUCGCCUCUUCCGGGCCCAAUGGUGGCCUCAAUUCGCGGGGUUCAUUUGCAUUGGCCGGGUGCCGGAGUUCCGGCUGACAGCUUGCAAGGCAAGCGAAUUGCAGAUCAGCUAAUGAGAAGAAUGC